CCUGUCUGAACUAAUAAACCUUCUACACGUGGAACCAGCUGUCUACCCGUUUCUGACAGAGUUCUUGCAAAAUACAUGUUUUCCCUCUUAAGUAACGUCAUGUUUUUGUACUUCCAAAAUAAAAGUCAUUCAUCCAUGGUGAAAAUCUGCAUUGUUAAUGUAUGUUUUUGCUUGGACAUGACACCUUUAAUAUAAUUUUUUUUCAUAGACUUUUAUUUUGAAAGUACAACGGAAGCUUUUAUUUCAAAACCCAGACCUUUUUUUUUUUUUUUAGUUUUGCUUUUACAACUUUUUGGCGCAAAAUGGACAUGGCGACAGGACCAGAAACAGAACUCCUGCUUAAAGCUGGUGUUGCAAAGGGACGGACGUCAGAUGCAACCAUGACAGAGGCAAUGAUCUCUGUGACCGGUUUGGACUGACUUGAGGACACCCAUGAUGGACCACAACAGUUCCCGCUCUCUGCUCUCCAAGGAGCACCUCAUCUACACCAUCACCGUGCCGCUUUCCACCUCCAUCAUCCUGGCUAACCUGCUCAUCAUCGUGGGCAUCAUCUGCAACCGUCAGCUCCACAACACGCCCAACUACUUCUUCCUGAGCCUGCUGGUGGCCGACUUGUGCACGGGCGUGGCGAUGCCGUUCAUCCCUCUGAUGGGUCUGAACCGGGACCUGAGCUUCAGCUCCUGCCUGCUGGCCCACGUCUUCCCCAACUUCCUGUUCUUGGCAUUCCUGUUCAACCUGGUGAUGGUCCACUAUGAGCGCUUUGUUUGCAUCGUUGACCCUCUGCACUACAACAACCUGUGGAUGCACCGGCAUUUUCCUCUGGCGUUGCUCGUGGUGUGGAUGCCCCCGCUUUUAUUUGCAUCUCUGCCUGCUUUUGGGUGGAACGACUGGACGGGGCCAGAUUGGACUCACUGCUGUGACAACAGCCAGAACCUGAUGCUCCUUUCCAAUUGCUCUGUGAAUAAAACCAUCUGCUGCUCCUACCGGCGGGUGUUUACCAAUGCUUUCAUCUACCUGGAAGUGUACGGGAUUGUUUUGCCCGCUAUUGUAGUCAUCGCCGCCAUGAUUGGCCACGUUCUACGCAUCACCCGCGGCCAGAUGAAGGACAUCUGUCGCCUCCACCGGGCUGUGGAUCGAGGCGGUCAGGCCUCAGACCAGGAGCAAAGGUUGAACUUGCGGUACACCCGUUGUGUUGUGGCCGUGUCUCUGACCUUCCUGGCUUGCUGGGUUCCUUACCUUAUUUAUAUGCACAUCUGCAUCGCUUUUCUCAUCAGUGACAGUAACUGGAGCUCCCCCCCUCACAUUGUGAUCUCCUGCAUUGGCAUAGGAAGCAUGGCUGUGGUGCCGCUGGUGCUGGGUCUGGCCAACAAACAGUACACAGAGCCUGCAUGCAAACUCCUGCAGAAAUUUAGAGACAGAUGGAGGCGAUCGACCACGGUAACGGAGGAGGUUUCACUCUAGAAGAAUGCCCAACCAUCUAAAUAUUUAUUGAGGUCAACAUGCAAAGGAAACACGACGUUUGGUAGUUUACUUUGGUGAUUCUCUUGGUGUAUCGUCACUUUCACUCUGUUUCAGCCUCACUUGUCUUAAUAAAUUCAGAUCUUUGCA